CCCCGCACACCCACACCACCCCAAUAUGUUUGCCCCUCCCACGGCUCUGCCCCCGCCACCCCCGCUGACGUCAGGGACGCUGCAGGUUCCAGGACACCCAGCUGGUAGCACCUACUCAGAACAAGACCUGCUGCGCCAGGAGCUGAACACGCGCUUCCUGGCCUCGCAGAGCGCCGACCGCGGGGCCUCGCUGGGCCCGCCGCCCUACCUGAGGACAGAGUUCCACCAGCACCAGCACCAGCACCAGCACACACACCAACACACCCACCAGCACACCUUCACGCCCUUCCCCCACGCCAUCCCUCCCACUGCCAUCAUGCCGACGCCAGCACCGCCCAUGGUGCGUACCCCAGGCAGAAAUUUUGACAAAUAUCCUACAAAAGUUGACCCCUUCUACCGUCACAGUCUGUUUCACUCCUAUCCUCCAGCUGUAUCAGGUAUUCCUCCCAUGAUCCCUCCCACCGGCCCCUUUGGCUCGCUGCAGGGAGCUUUCCAACCCAAGACUUCCAAUCCUAUUGAUGUUGCAGCCAGACCUGGAACGGUCCCACAUACUCUUCUACAGAAGGAUCCACGGUUGACAGAUCCGUUCAGGCCCAUGUUGAGGAAACCUGGCAAGUGGUGUGCUAUGCACGUUCACAUCGCCUGGCAGAUCUACCAUCACCAACAGAAAGUCAAGAAACAGAUGCAGUCUGAUCCACACAAGCUGGACUUUGGCCUGAAACCAGAAUUUCUGAGCAGGCCACCAGGCCCCAGCCUUUUUGGAGCCAUCCACCACCCCCAUGACCUGGCUCGGCCCUCAACUCUCUUCUCCACAGCCAGUGGGGGGCAUCCAGCCGGGACCCCUUUUGGCCCACCACCCCACCACAGCAACUUCCUCAACCCAGCUGCUCACUUAGAGCCCUUCAACCGGCCGGCGUCGUUCAGCGGCCUCACCGCGGUGGGCAGCAACGCCUUCGGGGGGCUCGGGAACCCCGCAGUCACACCCAACUCAAUGUUCGGCCACAAGGAUGGCCCCAGUAUGCAGAGCUUUAGCAACCCUCACGAGCCCUGGAACCGACUGCACCGAACUCCUCCUUCGUUCCCGACCCCUCCGCCCUGGCUGAAGCCAGGAGAGCUGGAGCGCAGUUCAUCUGCUGCAGCUCAUGACAGAGAUAGAGAUGUAGAUAAACGAGACUCAUCUGUUAGUAAAGAUGACAAAGAAAGGGAGAGCAUUGAGAAAAGACACUCCAGCCAUCCUUCGCCAGCACCUAUCCAUCCAGUAAACUCCCUCGGACAUAACCGCAGCUCAAGUGAGCAGAUCAGGAGCCAUCUGAAUCCCGAGGUUCGAGAAAAAGAGAAACCCAAAGAACGAGAGAGGGAUCACUCCGAAUCUCGGAAGGAAAUUAACGUUGAAGAGCACAAGGUGAAGGACAACUACGUUUCGGAGAAAGAAGGCCUGAGCCAUGAAAGCCGAGUGGUGGAAGAGUCUAAACAAAUGCCCAGGGUUCCUUCCCCCUAUGCCAGGCCCCCCGUUGUGGAGAGCACCAGGCCUAACAGCACUUCCAACCGCGAGGCCGACAGGAAGAACGAGCCCGCGUAUGAUAACCCGAAGAAAAGCAGCGAAGUCAAGGUGAAGGAAGAGCGAAAGGAAGACCAUGAUGUUCAGCCUGAGGGACCUCAGACUCAUAGGUCAUCUGAUCAGCCACCACCUAUAUCCACAUCCAACGUCCAUCCAAGUCCUUUAGUGUCUAUGCCCAUGACGGUAGGUGUGACUGGUAUACAUCACAUGAACAGCAUCAGUGGCCUGGACAGGACUCGCAUGAUGACCCCUUUUAUGGGAAUUAGCCCAAUUCCUGGUGGGGAACGUUUCCCCUAUCCUUCUUUCCACUGGGAUCCAAUGAGAGAUCCCUUGAGAGAUCCCUACAGAGAGCUGGAUAUUCAUCGGCGAGACCCCCUGGGCAGAGACUUUUUGCUAAGAAACGACCCCCUCCAUCGCCUCUCCACGCCGAGGCUGUACGAAGCAGACAGGUCAUUCAGGGAUCGGGAACCUCACGACUACAACCACCACCACCACCACCACCCGCUGUCGGUGGACCCGCGGCGGGAGCACGAGCGGGGCGCGCACCUGGACGAGCGGGAGCGGCUGCACAUGCUGCGCGAGGACUACGAGCACGCGCGCCUGCACUCGGUGCACCCCGCCGCGCUGGACGGGCACCUGCCGCACCCCGGCCUGCUGACGCCGGGCCUGCCCAGCAUGCACUACCCCCGCCUCAGCCCCCCCACGGGGCACCAGAACGGCCUCCUCAAUAAAACUCCCCCCACGGCAGCUCUCAGUGCCCCCCCGCCUCUCAUCUCCACGCUGGGCCCUCGGCCCGGCUCUCCCAGAAGGACUACUCCUCUGUCCGCGGAGAUGAGAGAGAGGCCUCCCUCUCACACCCUCAAGGACAUCGAAGCUCGAUAAGCAGAGUGAGACUCGAUGAAAAGCAGAGCAAGAGGGACAAAAAAACCUUGUAAAUGAACUUAAUAUAAAGACCUUCUUACUAGUCAUUGAUACAGACUGGGGAUGUGACCCACUGUACAAUAUGUAUAGACCUGAGUGCAAAGAUUUUGAAAUGAUUUUUUUUGUAUAUUAUAUGUUGAAAUUUUCCAGAUCUUUUAGCCAAGUCCAUAUGUUCCUCGUGUCUCCUACUCUAUUUUAUUUCUAGUAUAAAAAUUUCAGAAUUUGAACUGAAGAACAAGACAUCAGUCUGAGUGAUUUGACUAGAAACAAGCCACCACCAAUGUCAACCCUACAAAGCUCUUUCAAACCAGAAGUGAAGUCAAUUGUAGAUAUUUAUGUAAAAAGAUUGCUUCAUGGAUUAAUGGUUCAUAUAUGCAAAAAGGGUAAGAUGAAAGCUUUACUUUGUACAAAUGUAAAUAGAUAAAAUUAAGUAACAUAAUACAUUAAUACUUCUUAAACUGUGCUAUUUGCAAACUUAAUAUUGAUCAACACAGUCUGCUUAUGCUGUGUUACUUAUAUUGUUAUAGACAGCUAAACCCCUUCAACUAUGCAAUGAAUUUUAAGGCUUUUCACAAAAGCCUUUAUAACUCAAAGGAGCCUUUUCAACACACAACAUAAUUAAAGUCAUAUUUUCCCUGAACAAACUCAUUUCUAAUGGAAGCCUAUUUCUCUUGUUUUGAUGAAGAACAGCCCUUCAGAGGUGUAGUUUUCUGUGUGAACCCUUGCAUCAGGCUGUGGAGGUCACUGUAGCUCGUGUGUCCCUUGGAUGGUGUCAGGGUUAGUGCUCUGUGAUCACUGGUACGGAGUCAUGGCAGAUUGGGUUUCAGUCAUAUUAAUCUGGGUUAAAUGGUAAUAAUCAAAUGCUGGAGAUUUUCCAGAACUUUUGUCACUUAACAUGUCAAAUUUAUUUCGGGAAGAACAUCUGCUUAUAGCCAUUCGUGUCUGGUUUUAUUGCCAGCGUGUCAUUUUUAUCUGUACACACAUUUUUUUUGUGUUAAGUGAUUUUUAGCUACAUUGAAACAAAUCCUACAAGAAAACAAAUACUUUUCUAAAUGAUGGAUAUGUUUUCACUGUGGAUCAGUAGUUUAAUUAAUGAACUCCGUUGCAGAUUUCAUAAUGGAAUUUAUUGUAUUUCAGUUGGUAAUAAAAGUCUGUGAAUAGUUAACAGGUCAGCCUUGUUGUUCCCUAAUCAUAGAAGACAUUAAAUAACCUGAUGAACAUGGUCCUUUUAAAAAAUAUGCAUCAAUCUUCUGAAAUCUGUCUUUUCAUAACACACUUUUUUAUAAUGUGUUAAGUUUCUUGUCUAAAUAUUUGGAGAGAAUAUGACUUUAUCAGAGAGAAUUCAAUAUCUUGUCUACUGGACUGUAAAAUAUAUGUAUGAAAUAAAAUUAGUUCCAUUGGUCUUCUAGUGUAUUAAAGUGCUAUCUGAAGUUGUUACCCUGUUUUGGCAAAAAAAAGAAAAAAAAAGAAAAAAGUUAACUACAAACAGUUGUUUCUAAUGAUCAGAGAUCUAUUUUAGUAGUCAACUGAAGGUUUAGUUGUGAGCUUCAGAUUUUUGUGAACUCCAGAUGUC